UUCUCUACAUGGGAUAGUCUAUCCUCUAUGUCUCCGUCCACAUAAUCUCUCCCAGAGUGCAUUGCGGUUGCCUUCGGUGUUAUUGCAACCGCAAUGCACUCUGGAAGAGAUUACGGUCAUCAGUGACAUAACAGUGUUCACAAUGGCUUGCAAGACACCAGAACUAAACUACAUGUUUGUGGACAACACGACAGAUGUACCUGAAGCAUUGGCGGAAAUAAAUCGUCACUCGCUAUUAGCUGUUCACUGCAAGGGAUUCAAAUUAGGAUCGCGAAGGUCAGGGGAACUAACUCUGAUCACUGUUGCUACACAAACCAAAAGUUUUAUCUUCGAUGUUCUCACAUUAGGACAGUGUGUUUUUGACGACGGUCUUGGGGCUAUCCUUGAGGACAAGACAAAGGAAAAACUCAUGUUUAAUUGCCGACGUGAUGCGGAUAACCUCUUUCAUCAGCAGAAAGUCCAGCUCACGGGCGUUCUGGAUCUUCAACUUCUGGAAUUCAUGUUCAGCAAAAGAGAAGUUCCGAAAAGUGAAGAAAAGUCCAGAAGAAGCUCAAGGACUGGCGAGGUGCAACUAUUGAAAGGGUUUCGUCAGUGCAUUGAAAUGUAUGUCAAAGAUGAGGUCAUCAUUGAGGUUAGGUUGAGAUGCCAAAGACAAGUGCUGGGCGACAGUCAUGUUUGGAAGACAAGACCACUCUCGGAGAAUCUGAAGAAAUACUGCUGUGUUGAUGCAUCCGCAUUGUUCACACUGUAUAUUAACCUACAGCAGGAUGGAAAAGAUCAUUCUCGUCUCGUCAUCGCCUCAGACCGCUAUGUCGACACCUUCCGUUGCUUGCCUGAUAUAACACAAGGGUUAUGUGUGUUCAAUCCAUUUCUACCACUGGAUAUUAUACCAGAAGCUGGUGAUUCAUUCGAAUUUCCGGAAGCUUCAACUAAAUGUAUCGGCUGUCUUCGUUUAUUCCCUGCAGACGAAUUCCCUAAAGCUCAACUCCGUAACAAACAACGAUUCUGUAGGGUGUGCGCAGAAGUAAAAAGUAUCUUUUCAAAGGCUUUUGGAAUUGAUCUGAUAACUCAAGGAAAAACUCGCUUUGUCCAAGCUAAACCACGGCGUUGAUCAUCAGCGCAGACGGUAUCUCUGUUUCUGGAUAACUUAUUUGAUUAAGAGACUUAUCUGUUAUAUUAUUUCUAUCAAUCUUGUGAUAUCAGCUAUACUAACUGUAUUUCUGAAUAUUCUUUCUCCUGCUGCAUACGUUAAUCACUUUUAUUGUCUUAUAGUUUACAAUAAGUGACGUUCUGAUUGGUCAAACCUGCUUGACGUGUCAUGGAUUAUCGCUGAUAUGGACAUUGUUUUACUGGCCACAGAGACUGAUAUUGACAUAAGCCGACUAACAAUGGUAACGAUGUCAAGGAUGUAUAUUGUAAGUGAAUGUGUAUUUUUCUAAUGAAAUAUAUAUACACAUAUGUAUCAAUAAUAUCGUUCCUGUAUAUAACAAAAUUAAAUACAUAAAACAGAUAAAAAUAAAUAAAUAAAUAAAUGAAAUAUAUAA